ACAGCAACAGCAGAUGACAGCUCGCGGGAGGCCACUGAACCGGCUCGCGCUCAGCAGCGAUAGGAACGCUCAGCAAUGGAGGAGGAAAUGUGUCCGUGAGGAAGCAACCUGGCCUUUAUAACCGUCUAUGGGGGAUUUUAGCUAGUCUUGUCUUAUUUAUGGCGGUGCUGCUACUCCGCCGAGGGUCUUAGCAACUACAAGAAUCCCCCGGUUUCAGCCUCUCAGCACAUCACAGAUGGAGAGUUCUGAAGCAACGAGCUGGACGCCGAAGUCUGAGACACGUGUUGAUCCGCCGCCACACUGCUGCUCGGCCUGUGACAGCAGGGAAUCGCAUGUUCCUGGAAAAGCCUUGCGGAAGCCCAAAGCCAGGAGCGUGUCCACUUCGGCUGUGGCCAGCUGUGCAGAGUUUAGGCGGACCCAGUCACUGCAUGGACCAAGCCCAGUCACUACAUUUGGGCCAAAAGCUUGCAUGCUGAAGAACCCUAAAGCAGUGAUGCACAUUCAGGACCCAGCAAGCCAGAGGCUGACCUGGAAUAAGCCACCUAAAAGUGUCCUUGUAAUUAAAAAGAUACAAGAUGUCAGUCUGCUGCAGCCUUUUAAAGAGCUUUGCAUCUUCCUCACAGAGCAGAAGAAGAUGAUCGUUUACGUGGAGAGGAAGGUUCUGGAGGACCCUGCCAUUGCCAAUGAUGAGAGCUUUGUGGCUGUGAAAAAGAACUUUUGCACUUUUAGAGAAGAUUUCGAUGACAUCUCCAAUCGUGUAGACUUUAUCAUUUGUUUGGGUGGAGAUGGAACUUUGCUGUAUGCUUCCUCACUUUUCCAGGAGAGCGUUCCUCCAGUUAUGGCCUUCCAUUUAGGCUCUCUGGGCUUUUUGACGCCUUUCAAUUUUGACACCUACCAAUCUCAGGUCACGCAGGUUAUUGAAGGUAACGCAGCAAUCAUACUGCGGAGUCGGCUGAAGGUAAAAGUAGUGAAGGAGAGUCGGGAGAAAACCAAGACAAAGGACAAGAAUCUGAUCAUCACUAAUGGGGAGGCUGAGGCUACCCGCAAAACUAUGCAAUAUCAAGUGCUGAAUGAAGUGGUUGUGGACCGAGGCCCCUCAUCCUACCUCUCCAACGUUGACCUCUUUCUGGACGGUCAUCUGAUCACCACUGUACAAGGCGACGGUGUGAUAGUCUCCACUCCAACGGGCAGUACUGCAUACGCUGUGGCUGCAGGGGCCUCCAUGAUCCAUCCUAAUGUCCCUGCUAUUUUGAUCACCCCCAUCUGCCCCCACUCGCUCUCCUUCAGACCCAUCGUAGUUCCAGCAGGGGUUGAGCUUAAGAUUAUGCUUUCCCGAGAAGCAAGAAACAAUGCCUGGGUUUCCUUUGAUGGGAGGAAACGUCAGGAGAUUGGACAUGGAGACAGUAUCACUAUCACCACUUCCUGCUUCCCUGUUCCCUCCAUCUGUUUCCGGGACCCAGUGAAUGACUGGUUUGAGAGCCUGGCGCAGUGUUUACACUGGAACGUCCGCAAGAAGCAGAGUCACCUGAGCUCUGAGGAGGAGGAGGAGGAGUUCUGAGGCCUCGUCCAGCAGAGACCAGCAUCAAGCACUUUUUUUUUUGCUUUAUCAUUUGGCCUGUCUGGGACUGUACCCCCACACCCCUUCACUGUUAGUGGUGGGAAAUACCUAUCUAUGGUUAGCAACCUUACUGAAGCUCAGUGAUUACCUGUUCCUUUGAACACAGACUUUAAUGUUGCUAUUCGUCUCUGAGGAUUUUUUUGUUUGUUUUGAUUCAUCUAAAUGAUAAGAAUCUUUUUAAAAUAUGUUGGAAGUCUGAAAAAUUGUAAGUGAUGUGAGUGAGCUUCACAGUAUAAGUCAUUAAGUGGAAGAUAUGAGACAUCAGGAAUUGUCCACUAACAGGCGUGGAGUGUUUAAGCACCACAGCAAUAAUUGUAAAUGAAAAGAACUGUGCCUUAAAUCAUCUAGAAUGUUACAAAGAAAUCAUUUAAGGGGUGGGGAGCAACGUCUUACAUUGUACAAAAAAAGUACAUCAUCGUUACAGCUGUCCUGUAAGCAUAAAGCUAAAGGACAAUUAAGGCCAAUUUGUACUUCUGCAUCGAACCUACGGUGUAGCCUACAAUACUCUACGAGUAGUCAAAGACCCUACAACGUAGCCUGAACCACACCUUUUCAAAAAUGUAACUACGUGGCGCAGCAACAGCUGUGAUUGGUCCACUGAGCCGCUCAUGCAUUCCUGCCGUUGCGUUUUAAACUGCCGAGCAAUGCAGAGCCACGGGCACGUGGAUACAGAAGUAUAAACGACCACAGCUGUGUAGGGCGCUCGCACAGGCUACACAUCAUAGACAACGCUUCAACUCGACGCAGAAGUACAAACCAGUCUUAAGUGUAGGGCGCUUUAAAACAAGCCAAGGGAAAAGCUUGAAUAUUCACAGAACUUUUUUGGUUGCAUUUAUGUAAAGUUAUAAAAUUUACGAAAACUAGUUGUAUUGUUCAAUAGACAAUCAGCUAAUAAUUCUGUUAACACCAGUCCAUUCCAUUCCAGUCUACUAGGAUCAUUCCUACAUGUUCUUUUCUUUUGUUAUUUUGUCAUAUGUUUGUUAACAUUAUGAGCAAUAUUUUACUGUUGGACCAGUUAUACUGAGUAUACAGCCAUGUCUAAAACAGCCCAUUCCAUUAUGCUUUGUACAGUAGCAGUAUAUAAUCUGUUUCUGGGGGGUGUUUUCUUUCUUUUUUAAUUUAUAAUGGUGUGGGAUCGAUUGAGUGUUAGAGAAUUGUGUAUGGAGGCUUAUUGCGUCUGGUUUGAAGUGUCCUUCCUAAGACGAACCACUAAACUUUUAUCAUACACCUUUCAAGAGACGUUUAAACUCGGGGAGUGCAUUUCAAUUCAGUUUGAUAAUUAAUGAAGGAUAUAUAACAAACGGGUAAUCUGUUAACUGUGGGGUGGAAAGAGACAGCAAAAAACUACAUUGGUCAAAACAAACUUUGGCUUUGGUAACUUUGGCUUAUUUUUAGUUGAUAAUACGGGAGUUAUGAGGUAGACAAGUUCAGUAUCUCCACAGUUUAGCAUUCAGAGAGCAGUACAAUUCAUAACAUGUUUUAUUACUCAAAAACAACUAAAGGAAAUGGAUGCAUCAAACUGUAAAUUAGUGUUGGAUGCUAAUGCAGACCAAUCUCUUUCAGACAUGGUUAUUUUCUCUUCUGUGGAUGAUGAGUGUUAAAAUAUAUUUUUACAGUCUAGAAUAAUAAACAUUUAGCUUACAACAGCUAGAAGAGUCAACAUCUGACUAACCUCUGCUAGUGUGGUAGUUCUUUAGUUUACACCUUCUAUACAAGUAAAGAUCUGCUAGAGUAACAUUAGCUAGAGUAACUAAAAUAAAGCAGCUACAGAAGUAUACAUCUACCUAACAUCUGAUAGAGUAAAUACAAUCUGACAAACACCAGAUAGAGUGGGAAAAAUCUAGUGUUAAACGUCUAGUUAAGAUUGUCUAACCUUAGCUAGAGUAGUAAACAUCUACCUACCAUCUGCUAGACUGGUAAAAGUCUAGUGGUAAACAUUUAGUUAAGACCUAGCUUUAGCUAGAGGUAGAAACAUGUAUUAAACAUCUGCUAGAGUAAAUAACAGGCUAAAGUUGUUAUCUUGAUGCUACAACCAGCUAGAAUACAUAAAAUCUAGCAAACUUCCGCUAGAGUGGUAAAAAUCGAGCAAACCUCUGCUUUGGUAAAUAACAUCUGGCUAACAGCAGUUAAAAUGGUAACAAUCUAGUGGUAAACAUCUAGUUAACAACUUCUAAUCUUAGCUAGCGUACAAAACAUCUAGGAAACAUCUGCUAGAGUAAAUUACAUCGAGCUGACCUCAGCUAGAGCAGCAUACAUCUACCUAACAUCUGCUAGUGUAAAUAACAUCUGGCUAACACCAGCUAGAGUUGUUGACAUCUUUAUAAUAUUAGACAGAAAACAAAAAAGAACAUCUAGCUAACAUCUGCUAAAUUUAAAAUCUGCCUAACAAAAAAACAAAAAGCUAGAAAAAAAUCUAACGUUAGCUAAUAGCAGCUAGAUUAGGUAAUAUCUGGCUAGUCAGCUAACAUGCAUUUUGCAAAACGACUUCCUGAUAAAAACCUGUAGUUUGGGCUGUAUACUUUCUAAAUCUUUCCAUGCUGAAACCUGUACAAAUAUCUGAAUAGUGAUUUCAGUGUUCAGAUCCUGAUGCCUCAAUCAGUUAACAGAGUACUGAAGUUCUCAUGCUCCUCCUCAGUUUAAACACUCCAUCACACACACCCUUCUAUCAGUUUACUGCAGUGGUGUGUGUGUGUGUGUGUGUGUAUGAGGGUUUCUGCACAGUUACAGAUCCACUCAGCUGUGUGACCUCACCAAAAAUGAGGAACAUCUGUUUACAUUGUUCCCCUGAUGUUGCCAAAUACUAAAGAAAUGAAAUGUUGGUCUUUUAAAAAAUAAUAUUUCCAAUAUGAACGGAAAAAGGCAUAUCAUGUAUUCCUCUCCUCACAUAUCUUAAACAUGGCUACUGUCGUGUUUUUACGUUACUAAAGAGCCAUGGGUAUCACGUCAUAUCUAAACUGUUCUCAAGUGGAACCUGAUUGUAAAUGAAGGUUGUUUCAAUACUAAAGUCCUACAUUAGAGUUCUGAAGAUUUUUAAAAAAUAAAUAUAUGAAUAUAUUUGCAUUAGAGCCUUUCAAACAUAAGCUGUUAGUAAGUAGCUUUUUUUUUCUUCCCUACAUUAGAAAAUAUGAUGAAAGAAGAAGCCUUUGAAUCUUUGAUUUUGUGUAUUUAAUGUAGCCGUUCCCUCUCGCUUGGUUUACACUAAUGUUUGGUGUCAGAUAUUAUUCUCUAUAUUUUAUAUCUCUAAGACUCUGUAUAAUAAUAUAUACAAAAAUCAGCCAUAACAUUAGCACCUCCUCUGGUGAGGGGAAAAAUAUUAUUAAUAUAUAUUUUUUCCCUACUGGUGAGAGUUACGGGGUGGGAUUAUCAUGUUAGGCAGCAGGUGAACAGUCUGCUGUUAAAGGUGAUGUGUUACAAGUAGAGCUGUGUAUUGGACAAAACUUGAGGAUAUGAUGCGUGGGUUCACAAUACAAUAUUUCGCAAUAUGCGAGGCGAUAAAUUAUAAUUAUUUAAACCAAAUAAAAAACACAUUAUCAUAUUGAUGAAAUUUGAAUGAAAGAAAAGUUGACCCUUUAUGUGAUUUAUAAUGGAUAAAAUGACAAAGUACAACAGUGCUAUUUACUGAGCAGGGUUUAAACACAACACUAAAUGAACUGCUGUUUUACCAUGUAAAAUUCAAUACUGUGUUUUUAUAAAUCGAUGCAGUAAAUCAGACAUCACAUCACAAUCUGAUACCAUACAGAAAUUCACUUUGACAUGGUUAAAAUUGUGCUGGCAAGUCAACUUUAGUGUCAGAACAUCUCCAAACAUCAGGCAGGUCUUUGUGGAUUUUUAUGGUAUGGAAUGCAUUUACAUGCACUCAAAAAUCUGUUUAAAAACGGAUUAAUGUAUUUAUGUAAACAGGGUCAUUCAAUAAGAAAUCUGAUUAUGUAAUCUGAUAAGGAGAGCUGCAUUUUAGCUCAGCAAUUGUAUUUUCUAGUGCAUCAAUACUUCUUCUUGGAGUGUGCAAGGUCUGUGUGAAAACAGACCCUGAUACUGAACAUGAGUGAUCAGUGUUAAACACAGCACCACAAGAUGGAGAUAGAACACUUUUGGAGCAACGCUGAAACUGAAAAACAUAAUUAACCAUAUUCUAGCUUUUGUUUUCAUAUUGUGUCUAAAUAUGUAAAAAAUAUAUAUAUUUGAGGGUUACUUGCAUUUACAUGAAGUCUUAUUGUUUGAGUUUUUUUGGCUGGAUUCAAAGCAAAAAUCUGGUAAAAAAAAAAAGUCUGGUUAUCUGAUAAAGUGAACACACUAAUUGAUUACUGGUAAACUCUGAUGUUCUAUAGUAAUCAUUUUAAAACAGUUCAAGAAAGGACAACCAGAACUUUUUACAGGAUAUUCUGUUAACAUCUUCAGACGUCUAAUGGAGUCCAUCUUUCAAUGAAUUUCAAUGAAUCGUGUGAAUUAGUGUCACACGUGGGCCUAAUUAAUGCUAGGCCCAGCAUUGGUGCUAAUGUUAUGGCUGAUCAGUGUAAACCAUAACCGUAGCUGUAUGUCUUACUUCCUCACACUCGGUCCCGAGUGAGUGUUAUGGUCUGGAUAAGAUGUUUUUCUUUUUAUAGUUUUUCGAACAGUCGAGUGGGCCUUUCUUUAAAACUACUCUUAAAGCUACUAUAGACUAAUUCACACAUGAAUUGACGUUUCUAAUCUCUUAAACACAAACCUUUCAUCUGGAUUUUCUUUCUUCUUUUUUACUUUUCAUCUGAUGAUUUUUGUAACGUACCUUUUGAGAAUAUAUUCUGAAAAAUGGGUUUUGCAUUUUUACAUAGCACUUUAAUAAACAAUGCAGAAAAGGUG